CUCUCUCCCAACGACGUCCACGCAUUCUCCGCAACAGCAUUUCACUUUGAGCUGUCGCAGGGAACCUUUUCGUAACCUCAGGCAUACCUCAAGGCAUCAGCGUCUAACGGCCAUGGCAUCGCUGCUGAGACAAAUUAUCGCAGGUCCCAGAGCUCGUCAUCCCGAGGCGGGGCUGGAUCUCUGCUACGUGACGGACAAUAUCAUUGCCACAUCCGGACCCUCGCAGACGUACCCGCAACUGGCAUACCGAAAUCCGCUCGACCAGCUCGUUACCUUCCUCGACUCGAAACACGGCGACGACUGGGCAAUAUGGGAGUUCCGUGCAGAAGGCACUGGGUAUCCCGAUGAUGCUGUCUACAAUCGCAUAAGGCACUACCCGUUUCCUGACCACCACCCGCCGCCGUUCCGGUUGAUGCCCAUGAUCAUGGCGAGCAUGCGCAACUGGCUACACGGAGGCGACCUGGGGGAGGGAGGGGCCUUACAUGAGGGACAUGUUUCAACCUCUCCAAACACCACAACUGGAAAUUCUACAAGCGAUGCGACAACAGAAGAGAAGCGGAAGAAGCGUGUUGUCGUUGUGCACUGCAAGGCUGGGAAAGGAAGAAGCGGCACUGCCAGCUGCAGCUACCUAAUCGCCGAAGAGGGCUGGAAAGCCGAAGACGCCCUCGCGCGCUUCACGGAGCGGCGUAUGCGGCCCCGGUUUGGUGCGGGCGUAUCCAUCCCAUCUCAGCUCCGCUGGAUCAGUUACGUCGACCGCUGGACCCAAGGUGGCAAAAAAUACUUGGAACGACCGAUUGAGAUUGUAGAAAUCCACGUCUGGGGUUUGCGCAGCGGAGUGAGAGUCGACGUGGAGGGCUUCGCGGACGAGGGCAAGCGGAUAGAAGUGCUCCACACCUUCAAGAAGGAGGAGCGAGUGGUGGUGGACGCAACAAGGCCGGAAGAGACUAGCAUUAGUGAUGUGAUAUGGGAGAUGGCUGGAUACGCAGCCAACAGACCGAAGCAAGAGGCGCCCGAUGAAGCGGAUUUUGCAGAUUCCACAAAUCCCAACAAAGAAGAGACGAAGACAGUGGAAGACAGCAAGGACCAAGACAAGACGAAGGCGAAGGCUCUCACACACGCAAAGUCGAUCAAGCGGAAAGGCACAGCACUGCUCCAUAAGGUCACUACACCGGACACGAAACAACUCGCCGACAAGAACAAGAGCAGACUUGACGCCGUUGCCAGUACUUCUUCUUCCAGGACAGACGUCACCGAUUCAUCAGAUCCUGAGCCUGGAGGCAUGGCCGUCAUCUUGAAGCCCACCCAACCCAUCCGAAUCCCCCACAGCGAUGUCAACAUCUCUGUCGAGCGGCGAAAUAAGACACCCAAGAGCAUGGGCUUAACUAUGGUGACAGCAGUGGCACACGUCUGGUUCAACGCCUUCUUUGAAGGGCAAGGUCCGGAGCAGGAUGGUCGACCAUCAAACAGCGGCGUGUUUGGUAUCGAGUGGGAAGCCAUGGAUGGCAUAAAGGGAUCCAGUAGAAAGGGUUCUCGCGCAAUGGAUCGUAUUGCGGUUGUCUGGAGAGUCCCAGGCACCGGCAGUGCGGAAGAGGAACAGGGCGAGGUUGUCAUGGAGCCGGCUGAAGGCCAGCCCGUGCCGCAGAUGAAAGCAGCGGAUUGGGGCGGUGCGAACAAAGACGAUCUCGACAAGAAUUUGGGUUUGCGCGUGCAAAGUAAUCACAGUGUUGAUGUGAGCAAGGCCAGUAGCAUGAAGAGCGAGGAUGGGGACGAAACUGCGAAACAACCCCAGGAUGAGGAUGGAGGGUCGAUAGAAGGUGUCAAGUCGAGUGGGCCAAUGGGAGAGGAUCUAAAACCGGACGAUGAAGGAAGCGAGGGCUUGGAGAAGGACGGGACAGAAACGAAACAGGAUUCGGAACUCAAGGUUGGAGAAAAGGGGCCGGGAACACAGGACAAGUCAUAGAAGUGUGGAUGGUGAGAGGGCUUUCUUUAGCAUGUAUGAUGUACAGUUGGAAGGAAUUGCAUACUAUUUAAUGUAGUAGUAAUAUCAUUGAAUACAAUGCGGCAUCGAUGGUA